GCGGCUCCUACUGUGUAUGGCGGAAAGGGAGAGGUUUUAUUUUCUCGCUUUGAUUUGUGGCCGAGGGCUCGGCGGCACGGCACGGCGCGGUAGAGCAUCUUGGGGCGCGAUUCGAGCUGAUUGAGUGGCGGAUUAGGGUUUACGCGCUCGGGGAGCCCGGAUUUCGUCCACUCGCAGGUAGAGCUCUCCCUCUAAGGAUCCGAGGAAUCACACCAUUUUCUUGCUUUGGCAGUGAUCGCUCCCAAAGAGCUACUCAGUGUCAUGUCUCGUCACGCUGACUCGGAUGAUUCGUCCAACGAGGGCAGUGGGACUGACUCGGAGGAGGACCAGAAGCCCGACGAGAUGUCGUCCCGCUCGGAGGGUUCGUCCGAGUCCGACUCUGGGGACGAGACCGAGGAGACCGAAUCGCGGUACAUGGUCCAGAAGAAUGAUCCUGGCGACAAGAGAACUCGCGAGGAUCUAGCCGCUGUGGAGCCGGCGGCCAAGAAGUUGAAAACUCUGGGAGGAGGAGGAGUGAGGCCGACUAUACCCACGAAGUCUGACUCCCAGAUUAAAACUCUGCCGGCGAACAGGACCGUGGCGACUGCGAAGACUCCUCCCGUCAAGAAGCCUGUGGAUCCACUGCCGAAGAAGCCGGGAGAAGCGCAGGCCAAGAAGAAAGAGCCAGAGAAGGAGCCAACGCCGAAAAAGACUCCACAGAAUUGGUCGAGCGAGGACGAGAUCGAGCUCAUCUCCCGGAUCUUGAGCGACAUGAAGACGGGGAUCCGGCCACCCAAACGAGGCUCCCGGGGUGACAACUAUCACUACUGGGGUGAUCUUCUCGAGGCUUGCCGGAGUAAGUUCAUCACGGACUGGUCCAAGGAGCAGCUCUACGACAAGUACAGGCGGAUAAAGAUGCGGUACGACGAGAUGGUUAAGAAGGAGAGGAGCGAGGGGAUUACUGCUUUGAAGUUCAAGAAUCCGGGAGAAGAGAAGGUGUACAAGCUCUGGAAGGAGAUAUACGACAUGCAGGAGCAGGAGGAGUCAGAGCCACCAUCGGCUGUGAAGCCAGACGCGAACAAGAAGACGAGAACUCCGCCACCUCUCAAGAGCAGCGAAGAUGACACCAAGAAAGACGUUGCGUCCACGUCCAAGAAGCCGAAGCCUCCUGCUGCUGCUGCAAGGCAAGAGCCAAAGCAGAACGGGAGCGUCAGCGAGCAACGACAGCAGCAGCAGCAGCCGCAGAGCCCGCCGCCGCCCCAAGCCGAGAGGAAUCUCACGGUGGCGGCUAUGAACGAGCUGCAAAAGAAGAGCAACGCGGCUCUCUCGGAGAUGCAAGGCAAGAUCGACGAGAUCAUGAACGACUUCCAUGCGAGGAGCCAGGGGAUGGUCCAGGAGGCAGUGAAAGGUGCCGGGGGGAAAGCGGAGUGGCUUAACGAGUGGCUGACUUUCUCCAUGGCCCGGGGCAGCGCCACUCCCUUUUUUGGCAUGGAGAUGCUGGGAGGCAUUGGAACGGGAUGGAUUGGAGGCCCGUGGGAUGGAUCGAGCCCGACUGCCAUGAAACUCAAGGAACACUGGCUCAAGCAACAGGAGGACGAGCUUAGAGUGAUGGAGCAGCGAGUUCGGCUGUUGCAGGAUCUAUGCCGCCACCAGCAGGAGCUGCUCAAGGCACGGGGUCACUAGAUUUCGCGCGAGAAAAAAUUCGUGGAGCAAAGACAAGAAGAAAGAGGUAACACAGAUUCUGUUAUAUUUAUUUUUCCUUCUUUCGUAGCCUUAGGAAGCACAGGCAUGGUGUGUGAUUCUUUGUUUUUUUUUUCUUCCUUUUAAUGUUGUUUCAAGCAUGUUUCAGUUUCGUA